AUGGAAGAUAUGUCUGCGGUUAAAAGCCCCGAUUAUGCCUGUCCAAAGUUGGAAAAUGUUCAGCUUGUAGUUAACCGUAAUGAGACAGAUAACAAUGAAGAUGUUAAACAGAAGAGCUUCGAUUUUCAGAUGAUCAUGGAACCGGACCUAGAAGAAGAACCUACUGAGGAAGACCAUGCAUUUGCAUUUGAAACAGACCACUUAGCGUUAAGAGGAAAUAAGGACUACAGUGAACUUUUAAAGUAUAUUAUAAAAUUGGAAACUCAAAAAGCACAGGCAUUGCAACAUAUUGAAGAAUUAAAUGAAGCUAAGAAUAAAGCAAUAGAGGAGCCCUUAGAAUUUAUUGAAAAGUUGAAAAAUGGUAGUUUAAGCUUUCCUCCGAGACAAACAAUAUCUGAUAUACCUAAAAUUGAAUGGGAGACAUAUGGAAUUGAUUUGAUGGCUCAAAAUCAGAAAGACAAUAAAGUGUUAGGAGAUACUGAAGCUGGACUGAAAGUGAGGGGGCGAACUUUCACAGAGAAUAAACCAGAAACAUUUAACCAACUUUGGUCAUUCGAGGAGCAGAAGCGACUGGAAGAGUUACUUGAAAUAUACCCAGAAGAACCUAUAGAGGCGAGACGUUAUAAAAAAAUAGCUGAAGCUCUUGGCACAAGAACUCCAAUUCAGGUUAUGAGUCGUGUACAAAAGUACUUUAAUAAACUUGCAAAAGCCGGCUUACCAAUACCAGGACGGGCGCCGAAACAAAAUAGAAUUCCCAGGGACAAAAAACAUGUGCUGUACAAGAAAUCUACAUUCUUCCCAAGAUUACAAGUUCCAGUUAAAAUGGAUGAUCCUAACGACGAAGGUAUAGAGGAAUUGGAAUCGCAAAGCUUAGAAUCUAAGAAUGGAAAUAGAUGUAUUUUGGAUUUGUUGAGAGCAGCCAAAGCUCAGAGGAUAUUGGAUGAGUCAUCACCAGUCUAUCAAAUGAAGACUAUGUGUGUGGGGUGCAGAAAGGUCGGUUUUCUUGGUGCAAGAUGGACAGAUAAUGCUGGAACUGAUUAUUGUACAGAUUGCUUAGUGCAGCUAAUGCCGAGUGAGAAACUGACACCAGUUCGAUUACCAAUACCUUAG